UCGUGGACUCAGCGCUACGUCAGCAGUGAUACCGAAACAUGGCGGUGUCCAUAGUGCGGCGCCCGGUUGCCAAUGCUGUUAUGUUGAUAUUAACUUUUCUCGCAACGUUACUAUUCCACCGCAGUUUCGCCGAUAUUGCCGCAGGUGCCUCGACGUCAGAAGAGACGCCUCACCGCCGGUUUGAGUACAAAUACAGCUUCAAAGGACCGCACCUGGCUCAGACAGACGGCAGUAUCCCCUUUUGGAUCCACACUGGAAAUGCUAUUCCUAGUGCAGACCAGGUGCGGAUUACACCAUCCCUCAGGAGUCAGAGGGGCUCUGUGUGGACAAAAAACAAAGUCAACUUUGAACACUGGGAGGCUGAGGUGACCUUCAGAGUAUCUGGAAGAGGCAGAAUGGGAGCAGACGGUUUGGCUGUGUGGUUCACAACUUCGCAAGGCCUCGACGGUCCAGUGUAUGGAGCCGCCGACCGGUGGAAUGGAGUUGGAGUUUUCUUUGACUCUUUUGACAAUGAUGGAAAGAAAAAUAACCCAGCCAUAAUUGUUGUGGGAAACAAUGGCAACCUUGUUUAUGACCAUCAAAAUGAUGGCACCACACAGGCCCUUGGCACAUGUUUACGAGACUUCCGCAACAAACCAUAUCCCGUCCGAGCCAAAAUAACCUACUACAAGCAGACACUGACGGUGAUGAUCAACAACGGUUUCACUCCAGACAAAGAGGACUAUGAGUUCUGCACAAAGGUGGACAACAUGGUGAUUCCCGCUGAGGGCUUCUUUGGCAUCUCAGCUGCCACUGGUGGUCUAGCAGAUGACCACGAUGUGUUGUCCUUCUUGUUAUUCAGACUCACAGAGCCAGGCCAGCAACCGCCCCCACCUGAAUCUGAGAUUCCUAAAGAAGAGAAGGACAAGUACCAGGAGGAAUUUCAGAACUUCCAGCAAGAGCUCGACAAAAAGAAAGAGGAGUUUCAGAAAGAGCACCCAGACGUCCAAGGAGAGCCAAUCGAGGACUUGUACGAGAGCGUGAAUGACCGAGAGAUACGUCAGGUGUUUGAAGGCCAGAACCGGAUCCAUCUGGAGAUCAAACAGCUCCACCGGCAGCUAGCUAUGAUCCUGGACGAGCAGCGCAGAUACGUCUCUGUUAUCACUGAUGAGAUUUCCAAGAAGGGGACGAACGCCGAGUCAGGACAGGUGGAUUCUGCCAGUCCCCAGUUGGGCUCUGUCUUAGCCACCCAGCAGGAGGUGCUCAGAAACCUGAACGAGCUGAGGUAAGUAACAGCAGCAUCAUUUUUGUUAAUGUUUGGU